AUGCUCAUCCCAGAUGUGGUGGCAGCCAUCUGGGACUGCCUCGUGGAGGAGUUCAUAGCUGUGCCUGGAGCAGAGGAGUGGAGGUCCAUAGCGCAGGACUUUGAGCGCCGCGGCAGCACAGACCACAGAGGUGCAGGCGGGUGGGCCACCCAGCAGGCCCAGAUCUUCCUCGGCGCACCGUACGGGUCCAUCAGCCUCCGCCCCCCGCACGCGCACCAGGUCCCCCAGCCGCCCUCGUGGCCGGCACGGAGCGCGCAAGGGGUGCAGCGCCACCGAGACCCCCAGCAGUGCCAAGCACCCCGCGCCAACACCCCGGCCCGGCACCAGGCCCCGCGCCGGGCACCACCGGCGCCGGAGCAGGAGGAUGCAGCCCCUUGA